UUUCACCAAGUCUGCACACGGAAUAGAAGCUUGCUUCCCUUCCCUUGAACACACUCAUUUGGAGUUGAGGACUGCUUUUCCUUCUUGUUAAGGAUUCGGACCGGAUCACACGUUUUCUGACUGUAAAGGGUACAGCUUCUGACAGUUCAUAUUAUGGAAGAGGAUCUUCUGAACGAUAACUGCACAGCAGAAAGUCUGCCCCUGUACAGAUUUUACGCCUCUGUGAUGAUUUUGGAAUUCACCCUGGCUCUUCCGCUCAACCUCUCGGUACUUUAUCUCUUUAUCUUCAAGCUGAAGUUCUGGAAAUCGAACUCCAACAACCUUUUCCUGUUCAAUCUCGUCUUGGCUGACCUUCUUCUGCUAGGCUGUUUGCCAGUGAACGCGUACAAUUUUCUUCACGGAGAGCGGCAGAGUACGGAUGGGAAGAUCUGCAAAGCCAUGCUCUUCAUGCUGUUUCUGAACCGAGGUGCCAGUAUUGCCUUCCUGGCUGUGAUUUCACUCGAUCGCUACUUUAACGUGGUUCAUCCUGGGAAAAAGAACGUAGUCCUCAAAAAGUCCCUUCAUAUCUCUGUCAUCAUCUGGCUACUACUUCUGCCCCUGACUAUCCCCACCAUGCUGAAGACCGGCUGCUGUAGCAGUCAGGGGGACGUCACUGACACUCUGAGAGAGGUUGUGUUUUUCACCCAGAUUCUCAUCCCUUUCUUUGUGUUGGUCUACUGCACGGUCCGCAUUGUCAACAGACUGAAAAAGAAGACCGUAGGGGAUAGGACUAAACUGCGCCGAGCAGUGUUUCUGGUCACCUCUGUCAUGCUGGUCUUCUCUUUUUGUUUCCUGCCUUGCACCAUAGCUAGAAUUGUUCUGUUGAUUGUCAGAGCCAUGGAUUUAGAGAAUGCUGAGAAUAUAGCUGUUCAGGUCUAUGAUGGUCUCAUCGUUUUUUCCCACAUGGAUUGUCUAGUGGACCCAAUUGUGUACUGCUUAAGCAGCACUAAGUUCAAAAACCUGUAUCUGACAAUUUAUUGCCCAUGUCUGAGAAAAGACACAGAAACAGCUGAAAGCACAAACCCGACACGAAACAACUUAAGUCUAAAGCGCAACAAAAAUUCACAAUAGCUAGUAGGUCAAAAUACUGGGCGUGGUAGUGGGCGUGGCCACCAUUUUUAAAGAUAGUUUCUUGCAAUUAUACACUUUGUCAUGGGGCUGAGAGAUUAUUGUUUUUAAGCUAAUUUCCUGCAAUUCUACACAUUUUGCCAUGGCUUAUGCCGUGUAACUCAAAUGUUCUUAAAAACGUU